AUGGAGAGCAUAUGUGCAGUCAUAGAUCUUCCAUUGGAAAGACGAUACUUGUGGACAGAUUCCAGAACAUGUCUCUCGUGGGUCCAUUCGGAUAGUAGACGUUAUCACCCAUACAUAGGAUUCAGGGUCGGUGAAAUACUGAACAUCUCCGUCGCAGAUGAAUGGCACUACGUUCCGUCAAAACAAAAUGUGGCCGAUGACGCAACGAAGUGGGGAGUUGGACCUAGUUUUAGUUCAAGCAGUCGAUGGUUCACCGGACCGGACUUUCUCUACUUGUCAGAGAACGAAUGGCCAGACCAACCUACGAAGGAAGUAGCAACUAAAGAGGAACUCCGUGUUAUGUUCCAUCAUCAUCGCGAGAUGCCUCAAGCAUUAAUCAACGUGGACAGGUUUUCGAGCUGGAAUCGUCUGUUACGAGCAACCGCUUGCUCCCUUAGAGCAGUGAAGCUAUUUCGACGAGGAUGUGAGGUUGGACCGUUAACGAGGGAGGAGCUACUGCAGGCGGAAAAUUUAUUGUGGCGGCAAGUACAGUAUGAAACAUUCUCCGACGAGUAUUGUGUACUUGAUUUCAACAAAGCCAACCCAGAGAAAGAGCAGAAGCGAAUCGAAAAGUGUAGUUCAUUAUAUGAACUGUCACCCUUCAUGGAUGAGGCGGGUGUAAUUAGAAUGAAUAGUAGAAUUAGUGCUGCCCCUACCGUAUCAUUUGGAACUAAAUACCCCAUCAUUUUGCCAAAGCAACAUAGGGUAACAACCCUUCUUGUUGAUAGUUAUCACCGUCGGUACAAACACCAUAAUCAUGAAACUGUACUAAAUGAAAUUCGUCAGCAGUUCCGAAUACCGCAGUUACGCUCUUUGAUUAGACGUGUGGCCAAAAACUGUCAGUCCUGCAGAAUUCGCAAAACAAAACCGAAACCACCAAUGAUGGCCCCAUUACCGACAGUUCGUUUGACACCCCACGUCCGACCGUUUUGCUAUACCGGAGUCGACUACUUUGGCCCGCUCCUAGUGAAGCAAGGUCGGAGUUUAGCAAAACGCUGGGUGGCGCUUUUUACGUGCCUUACAACAAGAGCAGUGCAUUUAGAAAUAGUGCACAGUCUAUCCACGCAGUCCUGCGUAAUGGCGAUACGUAGAUUUGGAUCACGCAGAGGAUUUCCAACUGACUUCUACUCGGACAAUGGAACCUGUUUCAGAGGAGCCAGCCGCUUGUUAAUGGAUCAGAUCGAAGCCAUUCACGAAGAUUGCGCAGCAACUUUCACAAAUACGAAAACAAGUUGGCACUUCAACCCACCCUCUGCACCCCACAUGGGUGGCUCCUGGGAGAGGAUGGUGCGUUCUGUAAAGAAAGCAAUGGAAGCCAUCGCAGAAUACCCUCGUCAUCCUAGCGACGAGGUUCUGGAGACUGUAGUGCUGGAAGCUGAAGCUAUUGUCAACUCGAGACCGCUGACCUAUGUACCAUUGGACGAUGAUCAGCAAGAGGCAUUAACACCUAAUCAUUUCUUGAUCUACGGAUCGAGCUGUGUAGCGCAAUCGAGAACGUCAUUAGUGAAUGAAGGCAUUGUUCUACGAGACAGUUGGAAACUGGCACAGUAUCUGGCAGAUGAGUUUUGGAAACGCUGGGUCCGCGAAUAUCUGCCCACGCUGACAAGACGGACCAAGUGGUUUGAACCAGUGAAACCUUUGGAGCCUGGAGAUUUAGUGAUUGCUGUCGACGAAAACAAGCGCAAUGGAUGGAUACGAGGACGCGUCGUCGAUGUUCUACGAGGCAAGGACGGUCAAGUUAGAAGUGCAGUUGUGAGGACCGCUGAAGGGAUGUUGAAGCGGCCAGUAGUGAAGCUGGCUUUACUGGAUGUACGCGGUAAUCAGCCACAAGGUCCCCCGGAACCACACGGAGGGGGGAAUGUUGAAAACUGCCAAUCUUCAAACACUGCCGAAGGUGGUGUGAUUCCCGGACGCCCCACUGUGCCUGUCAUCGAGACAGCUGCGGUAGAUAAUCAACACGGUGAGCAGAAACGAAAUUGA